AGAAUGGCUUGUGAAGACGCGUGAUUACUUGUGAUUGACUUGUGAUGGACUUGAGAUACUGACCCGAUUGCAACUCUAGCCGCUGUCAGUGACAAAUAGCGCAGCCAGUGGAAAGGAUAAGACGUUUAUGUACUAUAGUGACUAUGAGCAAGAAUAUAGACCCUACUUAGACUGUGAAGACUUGUGUUCACCUGUGAAGACGUCUGAUUUUCUUGGGUUUUUAACUUGUGACUGACUUAUGAUGACCUGGUUGCAACUCUGCCCGGCCAUCAGAACGGAUGAGAUCUUCAUGUACUAGACUCGAAGCAAACACAGGUCCCACUCUUGAAGUCUCACUUUCAAUGUUGAAGAGCCUCUCGAACUUCCCACAGAAUGAAGCUGAGACGGGGGUGGUCACGGUACCGCAGGGCUGGCCAGGAGUCGGACCAGGAUCAAGACCCACCCAUCCCAGGAGUGGACCACGGCUGGGCGUGGAUGGUUUGCCUGGGAGCCCACCUGGGACAUGUGUUCAACCUCGGCUACUUCUCAGCGCUUGGAGUCUUCUACAUCGCAUGGAAGGAAUACUUCGACACCUCGGCCACUGCAAGCAGCUGGCUACUCAGCCUACCCUGGUUAGCCGCUGCCCCGUUUAGUCCAAUCAUGGGUGUCCUAGCUCCGCGACUCGGCAUCCGUCGUGUAUCCAUGGUCGGGGGCGCGCUGAACGGACUCUCGACGAUUCUGGGCUCGUUGGCCAAUGAGCUGUGGCAGCUCUACCUUUGUGGUAUAUUGUCAGGUAUAGCUAUGGCGAUGAUUGUGCCACCAGGUUUAAUCAUGCUGACUCGCUAUUUCAAGAAACGCUACACCUUUGCUAAUGGUCUGUGCAUCGUUGGUGUGAGCGUGGGCCAGAUGGUUUUCCCGCCGCUGAUUCGACUCCUGAUCGCCAUCUACGGAUGGAGGGGCGCCAUGUUUGUCAUUGGAGCCAUUCAACUGAAUUCAAUAGCCGCUUGCGCCCUCUUCCGUCCACUGAAGACCAAGUCAGACACGGAACCAGGUCAGACUACCAGUCUCGAGAUGGAGGUAAUGUACAGUGGAGGAGUGGCAAGAACGGAGAACCAGGGGACAGAGAACAAAGGAACAGAAAUACGGAGUGCUUUGAAGGAGGCCUUCGCAUAUCUGAGAAACUUCACCAACGUCUCGUUUUCACUGAGUCUCAUCGUACUUUUUCUCUACUCAAUGGGAUGGAUAAUGAACUUAUCCCACCUACCGUCCAGGGCCACGGAGGCCGGUUGGUCUGAGAACCAAGGUGCGGUCCUGCUCACGGUCUUCGCCGCCGUGGCGAUGUCCACGCGGGUCUUGCACGGCUGGUUGGUAGUUUGCGGCCUCGUGGGUAUGGGCGGCUUCAGGCUCCAGUUCGGCACGCUGGCCGGAGCCGCACUGGCGACCUUCUUGAACCCUGUCUCGGACUCGUACGGCUUCCUGGUCGGGUACGCCGUCCUGCUGGGCGCGUCCCUCGGAAUCGCCUCUCCCCUCCUCGUCGCCAACAUCAAGAAACUUGUUCGUGAGGCUGAGAUCCCGUUGACCAUGAGCUGGACCGUGGCAACACUCAGUUUUGCCCAUGGAACCGGCUCAGUGGCUGCAGGUAAAAUCCACGACCUGACAGGCAACUACACAGCAGCUUUCAUUACAGCUGGAGGCAUCUUCGUAGCAGCACUGCUUGUUCUGAUACUCGUCGUCUUCUUGAACAAACGACAAAAGGACACGCCCUCUGUCGACGCAGUGCCAAAUGCGACACAGCUCAGCGGGCCGCGAUUUUCCCAUGCACAAUGUAAUGCAGUGUAGUAUGUGCUAUCAUAUUUAUGUUAAAAACCAAAUACAAAAUGCAUUAGAAGGGCAUGAAGGUCUGAAAACACAAGGUCUAUCCGCUCCGUUCACAAGUUCCCCCUCACCGGCAAAGAAAGCACAGUUGGGGUGACCG